AUGAAGACGGUCACGCUGUUCAUCUUGCUUGCGGCGUCAAUUGUCUCCGUCUUUGCUGCUCCCAUUCCAUCUCCAGACCUUACUCAAGCAACACGGCGAGAUGGGCUGGGGACAGAGUUUGACACGGACCUUUGUCUUCUCAAAAAACGCACGGGAGUAAUUGGCGAGGGGAUUGACAAUUGCGACAUGUGA